AUGGUAUUAUUCCAAAGAAAUUUGACUUCGAUUAGUGAUGGGUGUUUUCGUGGAUGUUUUGCUCUUUCAUCUGUUUCUCUUUGUUCAACAGUAACUCGUCUUGGUGCCGCAUGCUUUUAUGGAUGUUGUAACAUCUCGAACAUUUCUAUACCCCAUAAUGUCAUUUUCAUCGGGAAAGACGCAUUCAAUUGGUGUUCCUCACUUGAACAAAUAGUGUUACCCAAGUUUAUUACAAAACUAGAAAACACGACAUUUUGUGGGUGUUCAAAACUUAGUGAAGUUGAAUUACCACAGUAUUUAAUAAAUAUUGGGGAGUCGUGUUUUUCUGGGUGUAGCUCACUCCCGCAAAUUGAAAUAUUAGAAAAUGUCGAGGGAAUAGAUUCAGGCGCAUUUUCUGAUUGUUCCAACUCGAAAUUGUUUUGGUUAAAACGACAAAUUGGGUGA